AUGUCGGAAGUUGUCAUUGACGCGUCCGCAUUUCACAAGCGGUUGUCGAUCAUCCAAAAAAACUUGGUUGCCGACAAAUACGACUUCUCCAGUCUUUUGUUUUUGGCGGGUGCUCGUGAUGACGAGGCAACUUACAAAAAAUCCACCGUAUUGCAACUCUGGCUCCUUGGAUACGAGUUUGCCCACACAGCCAUUUUCAUUAAUCAAGACAAAUGUGUGAUUAUCACUUCAGAGGGAAAAGCCAAGCACUUGGCUCAUUUGACCUCGCCUCCAACUGCAAAUUCCAGCAAAGUGGAGAUUUGGACCAGAACUAAGGAUGUUGACCACAACAAAAAGUUGUUUGAGAAGUUGGUUGACGAGUUGAAGGCCCCCACCCCUGUCGAAGGCAAAUCCAAAAUCGGAACCAUCGUCAAGGAUUCUUUCAAGGGAAAGUUUAUUGAUGAGUGGAAAGAAAUCUCAGGCCCUGCGAACUUGGAAUUCGAAGACGCGGCACUUUUCCUCUCGAAAAGCGUCGAGUUGAAGGAUUCAGAGGAGUUCGGCUGUAUUCAAAUGGCCGCGAAAGCGUCUGUGGUGAUGAUGGAGUCUUUCACCAAUGAUAUGAUGGUUCUUGUUGAUGAAGAAGUGAAAACAACCAAUGUUGAUAUUUCCGAAAAGCUCGACAAGAAAAUCGAUUCCAAUAAGUGGUUCACCAAGACAGGCUUGGGCAAGAAGUUGUUACUGUCCAACAAAGACUUUGAUCCCGAGCAAAUCGACUGGUGCUAUUCGCCUAUCGUGCAAAGUGGUGGCGAAUAUGAUUUGAAGCCAAGCGCAUUGUCGCUGGAAAAAUCUUUUGUUGGAGAUGGUGCUAUUAUUGCCUCAUUGGGGUUGCGUUACAAAAACUACUGUUCAAAUGUGGGCCGGACCUUUUUGAUUGAUCCCAAUCCAGAGAUGGAAUCCAAUUACGAUAUCUUGUUGGAGUUGCAAGAGCACAUUGCUAAAAACUUGUUGAAGAGUGGUGCGGUGGCAAAGGAUGUAUACACCGGAGCGAUCGAGUUUCUUAAGUCAAAGAAACCCGAAUUGGUGGACAAUUUCACCAAGAACGCCGGCUGGCUUACAGGUCUUGAAUUCAGAGACUCAACUUUGGUUUUGAACGGCAAAAAUGAGAGAGAGUUGAUCAAUGGUCAAGUGUUUUCAUUGACGAUCGGUUUUAACAAUUUGACCAACGCCAGUGCCACGAAUCCUAAAUUGAAAAAUUACGCUUUGCUCAUUACGGACACUUACAAAGUCAGCGAAGGCGAAGCAUACCUUUUGACAAACUUCCAAAAGAAUAGAAGAGAGGUGACCUUCUACUUUAAAGAAGACGGAAACGCUGUAAAGAAAGAAAAUGGAGACCGUAAAUUGAAAACUGAAAAGGAUAUCACCACCGAAAAGAAAUUGGCUGUCAAUGAAGCCAACUCCAAAAUCUUGAAGUCCAAGUUGAGACACGAAAAUGCAGCAGCAGAUGACGUGAAUGCCGAAAAAGUCAGACAAGAAAUUCAGAGAAAGUUGCACGAGAAAAGACAACAAGAAGGCUUGGCUAGAUUCUCGCAAGCUGAUGCUACUGAUGCAUCUGAUUUCAGACCUGUUUUCAAGAGAUACGAAUCAUAUGUCAGAGAAUCCCAAAUUCCGAGCAAUGUUCGUGAUUUGAAAAUCCAUAUCGAUUACAAGAGUCACACCAUCAUCUUACCCAUUUGUGGAAGACCUGUUCCAUUUCACAUUAACUCAUUCAAGAACGGGUCACAGAACGAAGAAGGUGACUACACUUAUUUGAGAUUGAACUUCAACUCGCCUGGUGCUGGUGGAAACAUUUCUAAAAGAACUGAGUUACCAUACGAGGACAAUCCUGAAGACCAAUUUGUGAGAUCCAUCACUUUCCGUUCAAAAGAUCGCCAAAGAAUGGUCGAUGUAUUUAAAGCUAUUCAAGAUUUGAAGAAGGAUAGUGUUAAAAGAGAGGCUGAAAAGAAACAACUCGCAGAUGUCGUGACACAAGGCAAUUUGAUUGAAUUGAAAGGUUCCAGAGUCAAGAAAUUGGAGCAGGUGUUCGUCAGACCUACUCCAGACACUAAAAAGAUUGGCGGUGUUUUACAAAUCCACGAAAAUGGUUUGAGAUACCAAUCAUCAUUCCGGGCUGACCAGCGCAUUGACAUUUUGUUUUCCAACAUCAAGCAUUUGUUCUUCCAACCUUGUAAGGAGGAAUUGAUUGUUAUUAUCCAUUGCCAUUUAAAGAGUCCAAUUAUGAUCGGCAAAAGAAAAACGCUAGAUGUCCAGUUCUACCGUGAAGCAAGUGAUAUGGCAUUUGAUGAGACUGGAGGACGGAAAAGACGUUAUAGAUAUGGCGAUGAAGAUGAGUUGCAACAAGAGCAAGAGGAAAGAAAGCGUAAGGCCAUGUUGGACAAGGAAUUCAAAACAUUUGCCGAGCAGAUCAGCGACGCUUCCAAAGGAUUGAUCGACUUGGACAUUCCGUUCCGUGAGUUGGGUUUCCAAGGUGUCCCCUUCCGUUCUGCAGUGUUCUGUAUGCCAACAAGAGAUUGCUUGAUUUCGUUGAUUGACCCACCAUACUUGGUUGUGACAUUGGAAGAAAUUGAGAUUGCUCACUUGGAACGUGUGCAAUUCGGCUUGAAGAACUUUGAUUUAGUAUUUGUUUUCAAAGACUUUCACAAACCCGUUGUGCACAUUAACACCAUCCCAAUGGAGUUGUUAGAGGACAUCAAGAACUGGUUGACCAAUGUGGAUAUUCCUUUCAGUGAGGGCCAGAUGAACUUGAACUGGGGUGCGCUUAUGAAAACUAUCUUAUCGGAUCCAUAUUCCUUCUUCGCCGACGGUGGUUGGCGCGGUUUGACCGGUGAAGGUGAUAGUGACGAAGAAGAGUCAGAAGAAGAAGAGUCUGAGUUCGAGGCUAGUGAUGACGAUCCUUCAGAUGAGGAAGUUGCCAGUGAGGAAGAGAGCGAGGAAGAUGAUUACUCUUCUGACGGCUCAGAAGGAAGCGGCAGUGACGAGGAAAGCGAAGGUGACGAUUGGGAUGAGUUGGAAAGAAAAGCGGCUCGUGAGGACAGCAGAAGAGGCCGCGAGUAA